AUGGCACUGGCUCUCAGUACCCCAUCGAACGAGGAACUCGAAGACUUGAUCUUGUCUUGUCGAUAUGGAGAUCUGGACGACGUUCGGGAGUUCGUGCGUCGGUUUGGGGUCCCUCCCUUAAGUGAUUAUCUGGACGAGCGCGGAAACAGUUGCUUGCAUAUGGCUGCUGCCAACGGUCACGAAGAUGUCGUCCAGUACCUUGUGGAAAAUCUAGAGAAGCCAAGUUCACUGCACCGAGCGAAUCUGCCACCUGCCAGUAACACACCGCUUCAUUGGGCGGCGAUGAACCAUCAUCUCCCGAUCCUAAAGCUACUCUGUCCCCGGCUGACGACCGAGCAGAUAUGCCAAGUGAACGGCCGGGGGAUGAGUGCGAUGAGCGAGGCGAUGGGCUCUAUCAAUAACCUACCCCCUUCCGCCAACAAAGAUCUGCCGUCAAACGACGAAAAGCAACAUGCAGACCAGAUCCCUAUUCGAGAGCAAUGCGUCAAUUAUUUGGUCGAGAUGAUGAACGACUACUAUCCUCCUCGUGGUCGUGCUCGAUAUAGACACACGUGUUCAGGAUACGAACUCGUAGGACAGAGACUUGACGGGCGCCCUGCAGGAGCCAGUACCUCUUCCGGACUAGCCACCCAGAGGAAAAACUCGUCACUUGAACUGCAAUCGACCCUUCCGAAACUCCGACAAGUCUUGAUAAAGCUGCAUAAUUCGGUGGGAGAACCUCAGUUGUUGCUCAAGCUUGUGGAAGCGCUUGACGAAAGUUGGGAUCAAAUUAAACGUGCAUGGUCUACCCUUUUUCUAAAUGGACAACUGCCCACACCACACGAACCAAAUGACCAACACACCCCCCCACCAUACGAACCAAAUGACCAACACACCAACGAACUCAAACCCUACCGAAUUGCGAAGGUGGAAGGCGGCAUGGUGGGACUUAUGAGAUGGGUAGAUGAGAUCAUUCCCGCCUGUCAUAGGUACUAUGAGGUUACUCAAUAUCUGAAGGACCCGGCCAAAGAUUCCGAUUUCAGGGAAAAAUUGAUAAGGUCCAAGUGGGACGUGCUUCAUUACACGUCUCAAUCCGUGACUAAAAUUGAUUUGAUCAGUGCAUCGAUCUUGAAAUAG